AUGGCAGCCGAAAGCGCUUCAUCACGUCAGUCAUCUGAUUCUAAGCAAGAUGGAGACGUGCCCUCUUUUAAAGACGCUGCGAAGUUGGACCCCGAGGAAGAAGAAAUCAGUGGCGACACUUAA